AUGCAACAUCAAAUUUCUCAAGCAGCGGUAGAGAUCGAGGCUGCUCGAUUACUGGUUUAUAACGCAGCAAGAAUGAAGGACAAUAACAUUCCAUUCGUGAAGCAAGCCGCCAUGGCGAAACUCUACUCAUCUCAGGUGGCGUGUAGUACCGCUUCAAAAUGUGUGGAAUGGCUUGGUGGAGUAGGUUUUACGAAGGAGUAUCCCGUGGAGAAAUACUACAGAGAUGCUAAAAUUGGCACAAUAUAUGAGGGAACCUCAAAUAUUCAACUGAACACAAUCGCGAAAUUGAUCGAUGCAGAAUAUAAGCACUAG